CCCUAUUCUCCUUCAUCGUCUUCACUCUUCAUCGCCUCUCUCCAUGAUUCAUCGCUGAACUCUCUGUUCGCGCUCUUCCUCACUUCGGAUUCCAAUUUCCGAUCUCUCCUGCUCGCCGGAACCUCUCCAGCUGCUCUCCGGCGCCGUUCUGGUCCUUUUCAACCGUCCACUGUCUCACUCCAUCUCCAUCACUCUCACUUCAUCAAGCGGCAUCCCUCCUCACUCUUCUACGUUGCUAUGAGAAUUGCUUCGGUUCUCGAUCACCGACUCUCUGGUACCUAGGCUCAGAUCUUCUGCUUCCACCACUUAGGAAUAUAUUUCCUGGAGCUUGAUCCGGGAGAAAUGCAAGGACUCAGGGCCAAAUUUAGGUUGGCCGCAGUGGUUGCGUUAACUCUUUGGAUUGCUCUGCUCGGUUUGUAUUCACUUUUGAAGCCAAUCUCCAAUGGAUGCGUCAUGACUUAUAUGUAUCCGACUUACAUUCCCAUCUCGGCCGCCGGUGAUGCUGCUGCAGCUUCCGGUAAGUAUGGUUUGUACCUUUACCAUGAAGGCUGGAAGAAGAUCGAUUUCGACGAGCAUUUGAAGCAGCUUAGUGGCGUUCCCGUUCUUUUCAUCCCUGGAAAUGGUGGCAGCUUCAAACAGGUAAGGUCUGUGGCUGCUGAAUCAGAUAGGGCAUACCAAGGAGGUCCGCCAGAGAGCACAUUUCAUCAUGAGGCUGGUUUGACUUCUGAGGAAGGGAGAGCGGACACGCAUUUGGCUGGCUUUGAAUUGCCCACCCAAUACAAGAAUAGGCUAGACUGGUUUGCUGUGGACCUUGAAGGUGAACAUUCUGCAAUGGAUGGUCAGAUACUUGAAGAACACACUGAAUAUGUUGUGUAUGCCAUCCACAGGAUUUUGGAUCAGUAUAAGCAUUCCCAUGAUGUCAGAGAAAAGGAAGGUGCUGCCGCAUCUAGUAGUUUGCCAAAGAGUGUGAUAUUGGUUGGUCAUUCCAUGGGCGGUUUUGUUGCUAGAGCUGCUAUGAUCCAUCCCCGUCUGAGGAAGGCUGCUGUUGAGACUAUUCUUACACUUUCAACCCCACAUCAGUCACCUCCAGUGGCACUACAACCAUCAUUGGGCCACUAUUUUGAGCAUGUUAACCGUGAAUGGAGGAAGGGGUAUGAGGUCCAGAGUACUCAUGCUGCAUCAUAUGUUACCGAUCUCUCCAAUGUUAUUGUUGUCUCAAUCUCCGGUGGUUAUAACGAUUACCAGGUGCGAACAAAGUUAGAAACCCUAGACGGGAUUGUGCCUCCUACACACGGAUUUUUUAUUAGCAGUACCAGCAUGAGAAAUGUAUGGCUAUCCAUGGAGCACCAGGCUAUUUUGUGGUGCAAUCAACUGGUUGUACAAGUAUCACAAACUCUCCUCAACUUGGUAGAUACAAAAACAGGUGUGCCAUUUCCUGAAAGACAAAAAAGACUUUCCGUAUUCGCUAGGAUGCUUCGUAGUGGGAUACCUGAUGCUUUCCAAUGGACAAGUCAGCCGGAUUCAAAUGUUCAUGGUGGUCAAGUGGCUAGGUUACCUGGUUGCCCCAACAAUCUUAUAUGGAAAGAUGAUGGGCUAGAGAGGGAUCUGUAUAUCGAAACUAUUACAGUGACAGUCUUGGCAAUGGAUGGAAGAAGAAGGUGGCUGGACAUACAUAAAUUGGGAUCAAACGGGAAGAGUCACUUUGUGUUUGUAACUAAUCUUGCUCCAUGUUCUGGGGCGAGACUUCACCUGUGGCCUGAAAAAGGCAAGUCAAAUUCAGACUCGCCUUCAGACAAAAGGGUUAUUGAGAUUACAUCCAAGUUGGUGCAGAUUCCAUCAGGACCAGCUCCAGUACAGAUGGAGCCCGGUAGUCAGACUGAACAAGCACCUCCAUCUUCUGUACUUCGUCUAACUCCUGAAGAUAUGCAAGGCUUCAGAUUCUUGACAAUUUCAAUUGCUCCUCGUCCGAUUGUUUCAGGCCGACCUCCACCAGGAGCUUCUAUGGCAGUUGGCCAAUUCUUUGAUGCGAAGGAUGGAGAAAGAGUGUUAUCUGCUCCAGCACUUCUUCUAUCUGCUUAUUCUUCAAAGGAUGUACUGCUGGAAGAGGAUCAUCCUAUUGCUCUUAAUUUAUCCUUUGAUAUCAACUUAGGGCUUUUGCCAACUUCACUGUCUCUGAAAGCUACUGGUUGCGGAAUACAAAGGUCCGGGCUUCCUGAUGAAGAGGUUGGAGACAUGGAUAACAGUAAGCUUUGCAAAUUGCGUUGCUUUCCACCUGUUGCUUUGGCAUGGGAUUCAACAUCCGGGCUUCAUGUAUUUCCAAAUGCGUACAGUGAAACAGUUACAGUUGACUCAUCACCAGCACUUCUGAGUUCCUCUCCAGGAUCAGGAAAAACCUCCGUGCUGUUACUCGUUGAUCCUCAUUGUUCUUAUGAAUUGACCUUUGCUGCUUCUCUAACAGCAGCUGCUGGCAAAUUUUUGCUUCUUUAUAGUUCACAGAUAGUGGGUUCCUUCUUUGCAGUGAUAUUUUUUGCUCUAAUGCAGCAAGUGCGUGCAUGGGAUCUUGAUUUGCCUAUACCGUCAGUACUUACAGCCAUGGAGUCCAAUUUGAAGAUGCCUUUGCCGUUUGCGCCUUUAGGCUUCAGCCCCCUCCUGCUUUCAUUAUUUGUUUGUGUGCUAAAUUCACAGCCUCUUCCUCCGCUUGUAAGCUUCAUUGCUGUCUCCAUAAUUUGCUAUGUAUUAGCAAAUGGGGUUGGAGCCAUACUGGUCUGGGUGUCCCAAUUCCUCUUUUAUGCAGCUGCUCUCACACAUGUGUUCAUCAAGUCAAGGUCGGUUUUAUAUGUUUCUUGCCAGCACUGUGUUAAGGAUGAUGUCUAUCAUAAUUGUGAUUGACGUUUAACUAAGAGAAAAGCUUUGGAAAGGACAAUACUGUAGCCUGUUCAAUUUACCAAUGUUUAUACUUUCAUAUUGCCUGAUAUUCACUAACUAGACUGACAAAGAUUAAUACUUCACAGGUGGCAACAAUGGGAAACAAAGUUUUGCUUUGCGUAUCUUCGUUGGUUUAUUACUCUUUCAUCUGGUUUCUUCUCACUGAAGGCCAUGAGGGUAAUAAGAGCCAGCCCGUCAGUACUCACUGCGCUAAUGGCAGUUACAUUUGGGUCUUUCAUCCACCCGGCAUUGGGUUUACUUACCCUCCUGUUAGCUCAUGCUAUAUGCUGUCAUAAUGCGUUAUGCAGCCACACACGAAAGAAGGAAUUCCUUGGUCACGAGGACAAAGAUAAAGAAAUAUCUUGGCAGCAACCUUUGUCGAAGCGUGAAGUUGUCGGGGUCAACCAGAGCGUCCUAUUGGAAGAGAACAGCAGCUCCGACAGCCCAAACAGUUCGAAGAGCUUCAGCGACACACAAUUGGAGAUCUUUCAUCACCGGCAUGGUUUGCUGAUACUACAUCUCAUGGCAGCUCUGAUGUUUGCCCCUUCUUUCGUGGCUUGGUUGCAGAGAAUCAGCAUGGGCCAUAGCUUCCCGUGGUUCCUUGAUUCAACAUUAUGCAUCGGUGUCAUUCUCCAUGGCGUACUAUGCUCGAAUCCAGACUUCAGCUCCUUGUUCUCCUUCCCCAGGAUGAUAUGGAAGGAACUUCGAUUGGAUUUUGUGUAUCUCCUCGCCGGCAUCUAUUCGUAUAUGGCGGGGCUAGGGUCGGCCCCCUACAAAGUCUUCUACCCGAUUGCAUCCAUAGGGUUCUUGGCAUUCGCUCUGAAGAUGUCGCAGCUAAGGAACAAGAACAAUGGAGAGUCUCGUCUUGGUCGCCGGAAAAAGCAUUCCCAUCGACACUAAACGAUGAUGCAGUUGUGUUGUUUGUAUUUCGUAAUAUACUAAUUUAGAGACCCUUGUGGCUUUCUGGUCGAUUGUUGCAGGGAGCAGCAGUGUUUGGUAGUGCGGAAGUUCCGCUGAUCUCUGCUUUAGACCAUGAUUUGUAAUACUGUACGGUAAGUGGUGCCAUACAUGUUGGCGGUAAUGGUAUUUUAGUGGUUCAAUGGGUACGUCUCUCUGCUUUAGACCAUGAUUUGUAAUACUGUACUGUAACAUCGAUCCAUCCGUUUGAACCUGCAUCCAUCCUUAUUUUAGAGGUUUCCAAGCAAUCACUUAGGGGUCGUUUGGAAAAUAUGAGUUUAAAUCUACAGAUUAUCAACAAUCUAAAGAUUCUAAC